AUGAAUGAAAAAAAAAAUGAUUUCUUUUCGUUCUUCAAUGGAUCUCAGAAGAAAAAGGAAACUAAAAAAAUCAUCUUCGAUGAAAAUUUCUUUAAUCUACAGGUUAAUGGAGGAAAGAUUCAUAGCGAUAGGAUUGUAAUAGAAGCCAUCUCUGUUGUUGGUAACUGUAUUUUAGUAAAAGAAGAUAAUGAGAAGUUGGAAACUGACAUCAAGUGGUUUUAGAUCUCACCAAGCAAUGAUUUCAAUACUUUGGGAAUAACAGGAAACUCUUAUCAACCUAGUAUAGAGGAUGUUGGUUCUAAGUUCAUGAUCCAAGUUGUGCCUAUCAAAGAGGGUAGACAAUAUGAAGGAAUGCCUAAGUCAUUAGAAAUAGGGCCAUUGCUUAAGGAUGAGACUAUUCAAGAAGAAAUCGACGAAUUAUUGGACAAUGAGAAAAUGACUGUAUUUGUCACUUUAGAAUAAAUAUUAAGCAAAGAUUUUGAAAUUGAAGCAGAAUUGCCAAUCAAUUGCAUACUCAAAAUAACCCUUAAAAAUAUGGAAUUAGAACUAAAAAAGAAUGAUCAAACUAUUCAUCAUAUUCAAGUUCCCUUGCAAGCACAAUAUCCAUCAUGCUCGUCUAAGCAAGGGACUAGCGAGAGUUUCAUCCUAAGAGUAGAUUAAACAAAUCAAUUUUAAAUGAAAGCCGCAGAUAAUUCAUAAAGAGAUAUAAUUCUGACUGUCAUUAAAGGAUUUUAUGGCAAAGGUAUAUGGAAGGAUUAGGAAACGUAAUAAAUUGGAGAAAGUGAGGAUGAGGAUGAAUCAGAUGAGGCUGAAGAAUAGGAAUUAGAAUAGUAAGGGGAUGAAAAUCCUAAAGAUGAACAAUAGGAGCAAAUUCUACAAUAGGUGCAAUAGGAUGAAAUUUUAAAAGAGGAAGGAAAAGACAAUAUAAAAGACAUAGCAUAAGAGCAAUUAAAUGAUAAAUCAGUUGAAUCUUAAAUAAUAAAAUAGGAUAGAGAAUAAGAAGAAAUCAAAAUUCUCUAAAAUUAAUAAUUAAUUGAAUAAUAGGAAUUGCAAAAAGCAACAGAAUCUAUUGAGUAAUCGCAAUCCAAAGAGUAGGAUGAAUAAGUAGAUGAACACAAAUCAGAACUUGAAUAAUAAUAACAUUAAAUUAUAGAAUAAAAGGUAAAUAUUGAAGAUUAAUAAAAUGUUCAAGCCAUAGAGGAGCAGAAAAAACCUAUCGAAUCAACAGCUAUAAUAACUCGGACUAAAUCUGAUGAAAUAAUUUAAUAGGUUGAUGAAACUAAAAUCUAAGAAUAAGAAAACGAUUAAAAUAAUGAGGAAAAAUAAUAAAACGACACAAUUUAAGAAUAAUAAUAAAAAGAAAUAAUUUAAGAAUCAUAAUAAUAAGAUAAAGAAGAAUAAGAUUAGUAAUAGUAAAAAUAAUAAUAAUAACAAAAACAAGAAUAAUAACAAUAAGAAUAAUAAGAAUAAUUAUAAUUGUAAGAAUAAUAAUAAUAGUAAGAAUAAUAAUAAUAAUAGUAAUAGCAAUAAUAAUAUGAAUAAUAGCAAUAAUAAUAACAAUAACAAUAAUAGCAACAAUAAUUAUAGUAAUAAUAAAUAGAUGCUUAGUAACCAAAAAUUGAUGCAGCAUCGAAUUAAUCAUAGUAGAUUGAAUAAUAAGAAUAGUAAACAAAAGAUAUAGAAAAUAAAUAAUAAGUAGAGAAUGUUAAUAGUAAAUAAAAUGAAUAAACUAAUUAACUUAAUAAGGAAGAAUAAUAAGGCAAGUAGAGAGCCGAUCAUAAGUUUUAAUCAGUUAUAGUUAGUUCAGAAAAUAAUAAGGAGGAGAAAGCCAGUCCUAUUAAAAAAAAAGAAAAGAAAAAUAAUAUGGACUUGUACAUUUAAAUAAAUGAGAACGUGAAAUUAAAAUAAGAUAUUGAGUAAUAUAAAGUUAACUAAUAAAAGGACAAUGAAACAAUCCAAAAAUAAAAGAAAUAAAUUUAAACGCUAACUGAGUAAUUAAAUAAUUGCACUAAGAAUUAUUAUUUACUUGAAGAAGAAUGUACAAAUCAAAAGAAGAUCAUGCAUAAUUUAAAUGAUUAAAAAGUAUUUUUAUAACAGGAUAUCAACAUGUACAAAACUUAAUUAUUGGAACUAACAGAAUCCAGUUCAAAUUAGAAAGAGGAGAUCUCCUAAUUGCAAAAAAGAUUGAAGCGAUAAUAACAAUCAUAAGAUUUGAAUGAAGCAAAGAAAUAGAUUGAGUAAUUAAAGGAAGAUAUUACUAAGAAGGAUUUAAUGUUAGAGGCAGCAAAUAAGGACCAUAUUUUAGCCUAAUAAAAAAUAGAUGACUUGGAGAAGGUUAUUGAAGGAUUUUAGAAUCAAUUAAUUCAUGAAAAAAAGAAAUAUGAGAGUUUGGCUUUGGAGAAAGGAAUGAAAUAGCCAUAAAUAAUUCAAAAAGAUUUUUAGAGAUUAUAAUUUGAGAGACCUAUUUCAAAGGAUAUUAAACCUGUAGCUUAAUCUAUGAUCCAAUUAGAUGAUGCGGAGAAAUAUUCAAUUGAUAUAAGUUAGAGUAUGUCAAAUUUAGAUGGUGAUGGUGAAGUGAAUCGAUUGAAGAAUCAGAUAAUGCAUUUGGAAGCUACAUUGAGAAGUUUGAAGAUUGCAUAUGAACAAGAUGUCAGAUACACAAAAGGGAAGUCAGGAAAAUCAAUGACGGGAAGUAGUAAGGAUAUUAAGUAUUUAUAACACAUUGCGAAUAAUAUGGCAGAAAUCAUAACGGAGAAGGACUCUUAAUUGGAGAAUUAGAAGAAAAUAAAUAAGGAAUUGCUCACUAAAUUAUAGAUUUUAUAAUAAUAGUAAUAAUGAGGACAUGCAUAUUUAAUUAUACUAAUAUUUGAUUGUUAAU